CGGGGUGGAAAUCCUCGACUGGGCCAGUUGCACGUGACUGUUGAUCCUGUGUGGAGGUGACUUCCUUCGUCUGUGAUCCACAUUCUUUCACACACAGGACCAAACAGACAGAAAUACACGAUUGGUAAACAAACAAACUUGAGCGCAAAAGAAAAAGAAAUAACAAACGGAGGAGAAAAAUUGAUAACGAGAGAAUAGAAAAACAAAAACUGCGCUAAAUUUUCCCGUGUGAUUUCCCAGCGCCUUGGAUGGUUCAAUGUUGAGAGAAAAAUGCCGGAAGAGCGCUAUUACAAUCCGCUCGACUGCCGGACAAGAUCCGCAGCCAUCACUGCCUUCGUCGUCGUUUAUCUUCUGUUCGCCACCGUCCAGCCUUCUGGUGGAUUGCCCCCAGUCAUCAAAAUCGGAGCCAUUAUGACCGAAGAGCAGCGUGGUAGCCAAACGGAGCAGCUUUUCAAGUACGCCGUAGAGAGAAUAAAUCGCGAUCCGGAGUUGCUACCCAACACGACCCUGAUCUACGACAUCCACUACGUCGACCGCGAAGAUAGCUGGCACGCAUCGAAGAAAGCCUGCUUACAAGUGCAACAAGGAGCGCACGCUAUUUUCGGUCCGUCGGAUCCGUAUCUUGGAGCUCACGUCCAGUCAAUCUGCGAUGCGCUGGAGAUUCCUCACCUUGAGGCCCGCUUAGAUAUGGACAGCGAAUACAAACCUUAUUCGAUCAACGUGUAUCCACCAAUAGACAUCAUCAACAAAGCCUUCAUGGACGUUAUGUUCUUCCUCAAUUGGACCAAAGUUGCCAUCAUUUAUGAAGAAGACCAAGGGUUGGUGAUGCUUCAGGAUAUGAUCCGCGCGCCAAUGGCCAAGCCCAUGGAAAUACUCCUUCGUCAGGCGUCUCCCGACACAUACAAGGACGUGCUCAAGGAGGUCAAAGCCAAAGAAUUCUACAAUCUUGUAAUCGACACCAGGCCGGAGAACAUGAAUUUCUUCCUCAAAGGGGUUCUUCAGCUUCAGAUGAAUGAUUACAAGUACCACUACUUGUUUACGACUUUUGACGUGGAAAUAUUCGACUUAGAGGCCUUCAAGUACAACUACGUCAACAUAACGGCAUUCCGAGCCGUCGACAGCGAAUAUUUCCGUGUGAUGCAGACGCUCAAAGAGAUGGAACGGGUUCAAAUGCCCGGCUACAAUACCUCGGUCAUCAAUCGAACUCGAAUCCUUCAGAUCGAGCCGGCCUUGUUUUACGAUUCGGUCCACGUUUUCGCUCACGGACUGCAGGCGCUGGACCGCAGCUCUUCUCUUCGUCUGGCCAACAUGUCGUGUGACGAUGAAGUUCCAUGGAGUGACGGCUCCUCUCUAUUUAAUUACAUCAACGCAGUUGAAUACAGGGGAUUGACCGGUCCGGUGCAGUUCCGCGAGGGCCGCCGCACCAACUUCAAGUUUGAUCUUCUAAAACUGAAAUCCCACGCCCUCCUCAAAGUUGGCGAAUGGACGCCUCGAACCGGAGUCAAUCUCACCGACCCAGUGGCUUUCUUCGACGCUGGAACGAUGAACGUCACUCUCGUUGUCACCACCAACUUGGAAGUGCCCUACGUAUUGCUUGCAUCUGGCUACAAUCUGACUGACAAUGAACGCUACGAAGGCUUCUGCGUUGAAUUGAUCAAAGAAAUCGCUCACUUGGUGGGAUUCAACUACACCAUUCGGCUAGCGCCCGAAGCCAAGUACGGCAUCUCUGAUCCGAAAACGGGAGAAUGGAACGGUAUUGUGCGGGAGCUCAUGGAUCGGAAAGCAGACUUGGCGAUUGGUAGCAUGACGAUCAAUUAUGCCCGAGAGAGUGUCAUCGAUUUCACGAAGCCUUUCAUGAACCUCGGAAUCAGCAUCAUGUUCAAGGUUCCAACCAAGCCGCCAGCGCGUCUUUUCUCGUUCAUGAAGCCGUUGACGUUGGACAUUUGGCUCUACGUUUUAGUAGCCUAUGCUUUGGUUUCCAUCACCAUGUUCCUAGUCAGUCGAUUCUCACCCUACGAAUGGCACAAUCCAUAUCCGUGCGUCGCCGAUCCCACCGUCAUCCGCAAUCAAUUCAGUCUGGGCAACAGCUUCUGGUUCACUGUCGGCACGUUGAUGCAACAAGGUUCUGAUCUCAAUCCCAAGGCGGCUUCAACGAGGAUCGUGGGCAGCAUCUGGUGGUUUUUCACGCUGAUUAUCAUCUCGUCAUACACCGCCAAUCUAGCCGCCUUCCUCACCGUCGAGCGGAUGGCCUCCCCAAUUGAGUCGGCUCAGGAUUUGGCCGAGCAAAGGGAGAUCGCCUACGGGACCCUCGAGAGCGGAUCGACCAUGACAUUUUUCCGAGAUUCGAAAAUUGAAACUUAUCAAAAGAUGUGGCGGUUCAUGGAGAACAAAAAGCCAUCGGUGUUCGUCUCAACCUACGACGAAGGCAUCCGCAGAGUCCUGGAUGGCAACUACGCAUUCCUGAUGGAAUCGACAACGCUCGAUUAUUUUGUGCAUCGAAAUUGUAACCUUACUCAGAUAGGGGGCUUACUCGACUCGAAAUACUACGGCAUCGCUACGCCUAUCGGAUCUCCGUGGAGAGAUAGGAUUUCCUUGGCCAUUCUCGAACUUCAAGAGAAGGGCGUCAUCUACCAAUUGUACAGCAAAUGGUGGAAGAAUAAAGAAGAGGUCUGCAACAAAUUCCCGCAAGGCAAAGAAACCAAGACUACUUUGGGCGUCGACAGCAUUGGUGGCGUUUUUGUUGUCCUGCUGUGCGGAUUGGCCGUAGCUGUCCUUAUCGCCAUCAUCGAAUUCUGUUGGAAUUCGAAGAAGAGUGCGGCCUACGAACAACAAUCGCUAUGCUCAGAGAUGGCCGAGGAGUUUUGUUUUGCCGUCCGCUGUCGAGGAUCCGUCCAGCGUCCAGCUUUCAAAAGGAAAUGCUCCCAGUGCGUCACUCACUGCUCGUACUUGAGAGAAAUGGAUUCUCAUCACGUGCCGGUUCCCACAAACGGACUUUUAGCCGAAAAUUUCCGAGAAGAUUUCAGCACCGAGUACCAAACCGAAGGACUGUCCAAUAAUACCGUCGUUUGAAGAUAUAUUUCUGACUAUUUGAUCUAUUUAAGAUGAUCUCAAUUAUCGGGUUUGAAUAAACUGUUUUCCCUUAUUA